CCUGACAUUUGGGCUGUGUUGUGUUUCUCUUGAACUCUGGGCUUCUGGGACAUAACUCAUCAUCUGUAUCAUCUCUUUGAGAGCUGGAGGACAUAGAGGAGAGGGAGAGAAGGAGGGAAGGAGCAACUAUUUUGGUUGUACAGACUGCUGAGGACCUGAGAGUGUCAACUCAAACCAUGUGGAGGGUUUCGCUGCGCCUGUUCUCGUACAACAGGGGGAUGUGUGUGUCUGUGCUUCCAACGCUCUCUGUGAGGGCUCGCAGGAGGAUGUGUGUGUGUCCGACGAGGACGGAGGGCGACCCGAGGAGGAAGAGGGAUCCACUCCGGGGUCAGAGGGGCACCAGGGGAUUUGAAGAGAUUCCCCACACAGGAAGAAAUGGCUGGAUGAACCUGGUGAAAUUCUGGAGAGAUGACCAGUUCAAAGUGUUACACAAACACAUGGAGAAGACUUUCAACACCCUUGGACCUAUUUACAGGGAGCAUCUGGGAACCCAGAGCACAGUCAACAUCCUGCUGCCUUGUGACAUCAGUGAACUGUUCCACUCCGAGGGCCUUCACCCACGUCGCAUGACCCUCCAGCCAUGGGCUACACACAGAGAGAUCCGGCAGCACAGCAAGGGGGUCUUUCUCAAGAAUGGGGCUGAGUGGCGUGCCGACCGUCUCCUGCUCAAUAAGGAGGUGAUGAUGACUUCUGCAGUGCAUUGCUUCUUGCCACUCCUAGACGAGGUGGCAAGGGAUUUCUGUCAUCUGGUGGGGACCCGGGUGGAGAAGGAGGGACAAGGGCAGGAAGGGAGGCGCAGCCUGACAAUCGAUCCCAGCCCUUACCUCUUUCGCUUCGCCCUGGAAGGUGCCAGUUGUCACGUCUUGUAUGGGGAGCGUAUUGGCCUCUUCACCUCCUCUCCCUCCCAGGAGUCCCAGAAGUUCAUCUUCGCAGUAGAGAGAAUGUUGGCCACCACACUCCCUCUCCUGUACCUGCCCCCCCGCCUGCUGUGGCGCGUGGGAGCCCCCCUCUGGAAGGAACACGCCAAUGCUUGGGAUCAUAUCUUCAGCCACGCCGAGACCAGAAUCCAGAGAGGCUGCCAGCGUCUUCUCAGCAGCCAGUCUAGAGGAGUGGGUGGUGAGGAGGGGGUGUUCACUGGGGUCCUGGGCCAGCUGAUGGAUAAAGGACAGUUGUCUCUGGAGCUCAUCAGAGCCAACAUCACUGAACUCAUGGCUGGGGGAGUUGACACAACGGCGGUGCCCCUACAGUUUGCCCUUUACGAGCUGGGUCGUAACCCGGCAGUGCAGGAGCAUGUCAGAGGUCAAGUGCAGGCGGCGUGGGCCAGGGCAGGCGGUGACCCUCACAAAGCCCUACAAGGGGCGCCACUACUGAAGGGGCUUGUCAAGGAGACCCUCAGGUUAUAUCCAGUGGGAAUCACUGUCCAGAGAUAUCCAGUCAGAGACAUCGUCAUCCAGAAUUACCAUAUACCUGCUGGGACGUGUGUCCAGGCGUGUCUGUAUCCUCUAGGGAGGAGUCAAGAUGUGUUUCAGGAUCCGGAACGUUUUGACCCCGGUCGCUGGGGGGCUCAGGAAUCUGGAAAUGGGGGCAGAGGGGGAGGGUUCCGCUCCCUGGCGUUUGGUUUUGGUGCCAGGCAGUGUGUUGGCAGGAGGAUUGCAGAGAACGAGAUGCAGUUGCUACUGAUGCAUAUCCUUUUAAGUUUCCGUCUCAGUGUGUCAUCUUCAGAGGAGCUCGACACUAAAUACACGCUCAUCCUUCAGCCUGAAACCCCACCAAGCAUCACAUUCAGCACGCUCUGACACACCCAUCAACUCAUUAAUGAGAAUCACGCAAAUAAAUGACAUGAUCAGCCAUUUGGCAACCGUCAGUCAACUCACCAAAACCCUCACAAUGAGGAACACGUGGAAAUGUCAAUGAAUGUUUAGCUUUUUUUUUCCAUUAUGUCCUUUUGUUUUGCUGCAGCUGGAUACAUUUCAGUAGACAUGAAUUUCUCUCCCAAAUGUCAAUUUUCAAUGUGGGAAGCCCCAAACAAGGGGGACACACUAAACAGUAGAUGAGCCUUUGAGAGAAGCCUACCAAUGAUAGUCAGUGGUGUACACAAGAUGGCGGUAAAACCCAACCAAGUUACGUGAAAUAAUCUAUCGUAAACUGAAUGAAAGUAUCAUUUAGUGAACCUCA